AUGGCUACCAUGAUAGAAUCUCCCGCCAAGUAUUUCCAUUUUACCAUAAAUUUAUGUGCAUGCUUUGUUUUCAUAUUGCUGGCAGAUCUUGUCUUGGAAAAUAUUGUCAAUGCUGGUCAUUUGCAAUUGGAAGCCCGAGAUAGGAUAAAAGAAGCCCUUCUUCGCAGGCAUCGUCAUCAACAUGAGCGAAGGCAUGACAAAGUGGACAAAGGCUCUCGGUUACCCCUUAUUCGAUCCCUUGCUGAUAUUGGACGGAAUUCUAGCAAGAGCAUGUUUGGUUCUAGUAGUAGUGCACCAAAUACAACGGGACAAGAUACUAUUGUAAAAAGCCCUAGCUGUUCCUCAUUAAACCUUGGAAGUAGUAAUUCCCACUCUGGACACAAUUCUCAUAAUCUUGCCGAUGUAUCUGGUGGGAAUUCUACCAGUUCAGCUGAUUUACAGCAUAGACUAAACCAAGCCUUUAUGAAAAAAAUUCCACCUGGUGCUGAAGCUUCCAACAUCUUGGUUGGUGAAGUGGACUUCUUAGAUCGUGCAGUUAUUGCCUUUGUUCGUCUUAGUCAAGCAACAAAUCUUGGAGACCUGACUGAAGUGCCCGUGCCUACUCGCUUCCUGUUCAUUCUAUUGGGUCCUUCGGGAAACUUGGGUCGCUAUCAUGAGAUCGGUCGUGCUAUGGCAACUCUCAUGUCUGAUGAGGUAUUCCACGAUGUUGCCUACAAAGCGAAAAGCAGGCAAGAUUUGCUUGCUGGUGUAGACGAAUUCUUAGAUGCUGUUACAGUCCUACCGCCUGGGGCCUGGGAUCCAAGUAUAAGAAUAGAACCACCUCAACAGUUACCAUCACAAGAGGCAAGGAAAAAGACUGAAACUCAAGAAGUAAAAAUUGAUGAAGAAGAAGAAGAAGAAAAAGAAAGGGAAGAAAGUGGUUUGAAGAGGACUGGGAGAUUAUUUGGUGGCCUUAUAAAUGAUGUAAAAAGAAAAACACCCUGGUAUUGGACCGACUUCAAAGAUGCUUUUGCUAUUCAAUCUCUAGCUUCAAUAUUUUUCUUAUAUUUUGCUUGCUUAACGCCUAUUAUUACAUUUGGUGGCUUGUUGGGUGAUGCAACUGAAGACAGAAUAGCUGCCAUGGAAAGUCUCUUGUCUGGUGCAAUCUGUGGCAUUUUAUAUGGCUUAUUUAGUGGCCAGCCGUUGACAAUCUUAGGAAGCACUGGUCCUGUACUUGUUUUUGAAACAAUACUUUAUGACUUCUGCAAAGAAAAUGAUCUUGAAUAUUUGCCUCUUCGGUUGUGGGUGGCUUUGUGGACCGCAUUUAUUUUGAUAGUCCUGGUUGCUUUCGAUGCUAGUGCAUUAGUUUGUUAUAUUACUCGUUUCACAGAAGAAAAUUUUGCUACUUUAAUUUCUCUAAUAUUUAUUUAUAAAUCAGUUGAAAAGGUAUUGGCUAUUGGCCAUUAUUAUCCGUUAAGUUCUCCAUCAGUUCAAGAUUUCCCUGGCACAUGUGUAUGUACACCAAUCAAUAGCACAGAUUUGGAUGAAUCCACAUUGAAUGUCUUCAGUUCGUACAAUAGCUCAAUGUGUAGUUCUUUCAAUGGGACAUUGACUGGACCUGGCUGUAUACCUCCUUAUCCUGAUGUCUACUUAUUUUCCAUAAUUUUGUAUGCCUCCACAUUUUCAAUAUCCGUCUUCUUGAAAGAAUUCAAGUUCACUCCAUUUUUCCCAUCAAAGAUACGAAGCACUAUAAGCGAUUUUGCAGUGGUAAUAUCCAUCCUUUUAAUGACAGUUGUUGAUGCAAGCGUUGGCCUCCCUACACCAAAGUUACAAGUUCCAGCUAAAUUUCAACCAACGUGGAAUACUGGACGAGGAUGGCUUAUUCCAUUUUUUGGAGAAAAGAAUCCUUGGUGGACCGCAAUUGGUGCAAUUUUACCGGCACUUUUAGCCACUAUUUUGAUUUUUAUGGAUCAACAAAUCACAGCUGUAAUUAUUAAUAGGCGGGAAAAUAAAUUGAAAAAAGGUUGUGGCUAUCACUUGGAUUUGUUUGUUCUUGCUUUACUGAUUGUUAUAUGUUCUGUAUUGGGUCUUCCUUGGUUCGUGGCAGCUACUGUUCUUGCAAUGACCCAUGUCAAUUCUCUUCGCAUGGAAUCGGAAUGUUCAGCACCUGGAGAAAAACCUCAGUUUUUAGGCGUCAGAGAACAGAGAGUUACACAAAUUUGCAUCUUUGCUUUAGUGGGCUUGUCAGUUCUAUUUACUUCUGUCCUUCAGUAUAUUCCAAUGCCUGUUUUAUAUGGAGUCUUCUUAUACAUGGGAGCUUCUUCACUCCAAGGCUCACAGUUCUUCGACAGAAUGUUGAUCAUUUUUAUGCCACAAAAGUAUCAACCAGAUCAUGUAUUUUUGCGCAGCGUGCCAACUCUACGCGUCCAUUUGUUUACUGCUGUUCAGUUAACAUGCUUGAUUAUCUUAUGGGUUAUUAAGUCUUAUAAACCAACAUCCAUUGGAUUUCCUCUAAUG